AGACCGGAUAUUAACAGCCCAAACUAUGCCUCCUGGCUCCAUUCUUUCGACCUGUUCUUAGACCGCUCCAUUUCACACAGAAACGCCCCGGAAUUUGUGCAAAAUAGAGAUGGGAACUCUAGCUGGCUAUAGCUCUAGCUUCAGCACCAUCAUUUUCAGGUGCCCUUUGAAGAAUCCCUUGAUGGAGUAUGCCUACAGGAACCGAAUUUCAUUGGUGAACGGUAGUGCUGGAAGCUGUGAUGUGUUGUGCCGAGAAAUUAUCAGAAAAAGGCGGCGAAUUUCAAGUAGGCAUUUUGGGAAGUUGAUGAUGAUAAGGGCAUGUUAUAGUAACAAUGAUGAUAAUAGCGGCAGUGGAGAGGGAGAAGAUAAGGAGAGUUCUAGUUUGGCAACGGCUGCAAAAGAGGACACUGAAGAGAGAAGAAGUGGUGGUGGUGAAGAUCUUGAUUCUGAAGAUUUUCCCGGCUCUGUUUCUUCCAGGCAACCAACUAUUUCUCCAGUUGGAUCAGGUUAUAAUAACUUCCAAGUAGACUCUUUUAAAUUGAUGGAACUCCUAGGGCCAGAGAGAGUUGAUCCAAUGGAUGUAAAGAUAAUUAAGGAAAAGUUGUUUGGUUAUUCGACCUUCUGGGUGACAAAAGAAGAGCCAUUUGGUGACCUUGGAGAGGGCAUUCUCUUCCUUGGAAAUCUAAGGGGCAAAAGGGAAGAAGUUUUUGCCAAACUUCAAAAUCAACUAUCUGAGGUAAUGGGUGAUAAGUACAACCUGUUUAUGGUGGAGGAACCUAAUUCAGAAGGACCAGAUCCACGUGGUGGCCCCCGAGUUAGCUUUGGUAUGCUGCGGAAAGAGGUUUCAGAACCAGGCCCAACAACUCUCUGGCAGUAUGUAAUUGCUCUUCUGUUGUUUCUCCUUACCAGCGGUUCCUCUGUGGAAUUAGGAAUUGCAUCUCAGAUAAAUCGGCUUCCUCCAGAGAUAGCCAAGUAUUUCACGGAUCCAAAUGCCGUUGAACCACCAGAUAUGCAGCUUUUAUUGCCAUUUGUAGAUUCUGCUUUGCCCCUAGCAUAUGGUGUAUUGGGAGUUCAGCUGUUUCACGAAGUUGGACAUUUUCUUGCUGCCUUUCCUAAGAAAGUGAAACUAAGCAUUCCGUACUUCAUCCCAAACAUUACUUUGGGGAGCUUUGGGGCAAUCACUCAGUUCAAAUCCAUUCUCCCUGAUCAGAAGGCAAAAGUUGACAUUUCUCUGGCAGGCCCAUUUAGUGGUGCUGUGUUGUCCUUUUCUAUGUUUGUUGUUGGUCUUCUACUUUCAUCAAAUCCAGCUGUUGCAAGUGACUUGGUGCAGGUUCCUAGUAUGCUUUUUCAAGGUUCUUUGCUUCUUGGGCUGAUCAGUAGGGCCACUCUUGGUUAUGGAGCAAUGCAUGCAGCAACAGUUUCAAUCCAUCCUCUUGUGAUUGCUGGCUGGUGUGGAUUAACUACAUCAGCUUUUAACAUGUUGCCAGUUGGAUGUCUUGAUGGUGGAAGAGCUGUGCAGGGUGCUUUUGGGAAAAACUCACUGGUUGCUUUUGGUUUAGCCACAUACACUUUGCUGGGACUCGGAGUGCUUGGUGGUCCUUUAUCACUUCCUUGGGGGUUAUAUGUGCUGAUCUGUCAGAGAACUCCAGAGAAACCAUGCUUGAAUGAUGUCACAGAGGUUGGAAAUUGGAGAAGAGCGAUUCUGUCAGUAGCAAUUUUCCUAGUAGUCUUGACGCUUCUUCCAGUAUGGGAUGAGCUUGCAGAGGAGCUGGGCAUAGGUCUCGUAACCACAUUUUGAUGGAAAGUGGUAAAAGCAAUUUUGAGUUUAACAUUUGAGGAACCUUAUUGAUAUGAUGGCUCGGACAAGUCAUUCUAUCACAGUUUUUUCCUCAUGUAUUAGGUUCUGGAAUUGUAUUGUAUAUAUACUUGUGUACAGAACGAUUCUAAGGCAUAUCAAUCUUGAAAGUGAAGAUCCCUUUCAUUUUUCCUCU